AUGGCUGAGGCUGAUGAAGCCACUGCUGAGGCGAGGCGCGAACAUCAGGUUCGAGCAGAUAAUAUAAAAAGAUCUGUGAACGCUAUCGAAACUUUCCUUGACUCGUACAAUCCUGCUCAUCAUGCUGAUCAGCUAGAAAUCAGAUUGGAGAAAUUGGAAGAUUUUUACAAUCAGUAUGUUGAACAAAUCGUUCAAUUACAGCUUCUUCCCGUUGAAUCAAAUGCUCAAGCCAACAGUUCUACAACCUCCACUCCUACCAUCCAAACUGAUCCCUCGCAAUUUGCUAUCGCACUAUCUCACAACUCUAAAGAAAGCUCUAAUCUUACACUGGUAGCCACCGAGCAUCCCGCCUUAGAAUCAGACACAUUCUCGAGUCCUUCCUCUCAGCUACCUACGAACCCACCCAACGGUUUUACGGCCCACUCGACGAAGCUUCCCAACGAAACUGUGCUGCUCUCCACCGCGUUGGUUUACGUAGAAGAUCUUCACGCUAAUCGAGUCGCCGAGAUUCAGGAGAUUACGGCCAACUGUACCUGGAAUCAUGUUCCUGGUGAGGAAAACCCUGCUGACCUCAUAUCCAGGGGGAUGGACAUUGGUCCAUUACUAGAUUGCUCGUUAUGGUGGAACGCCACGCCCUGGCUUGCUUCCUUAGAUAUGCCAUGGCCGGAAGCCCCGGAGCAAUUCGGACGUUCCAAGGAUAGAGACUUAGAAAUUCGAAAAGGCAUUGCUCUUCCUGUCGCUGCGCACGAGACGGACUUAUUAUCGCAGUUUUCCUCACUCACCACCUUCAAUCGUAUCAGCGCUCUUUGCAAGCGAUUCGCUGAUAAUUGCCGGGCCCUUGCAUCUCGUCGUAGGCAUCCUGAGCAGCAACUAAUGAAUCUCUGUCGGUAUGGUGCAAUUACUGUAAACGAACUAAACGAAAUUCUGCUCUCUGUCGUCCGCAUGGUCCAGCACGAAUGUUUUACUUCCGAAAUCUCUGCAUUGAAGGCUAAUAAACAUGUGUCCAACCAAUCCAAAUUGCGAUUUCUCCAUCCCGAGUUGCACGAUGGACUAAUUCGUGUUGGUGGCCGGCUUCAAAAUGCAGAUAUCCACGUUAAUGCUAGGAACCCCCUCGUCUUGCCAUCAAGACAUCCGCUAACUCGCUUGAUCGCGGAAACAAUUCAUCGACAGCAAUUACACUGUGGUCCUCAACAGCUGUUAGUGACGAUGCAUCAACGUUUCUGGCCACUGCGCGGUCGAGACCUUGUACGUAGCGUGGUUCAUUCCUGUGUAACAUGUGUUAAGGCUCGACCACGUCAGCUUUCGCAACUUAUGGGAUCUUUGCCUGCCGUUCGAGUUACACAAUCUCACGCAUUCGAAAAUGUUGGGAUUGAUUUUGCAGGACCGUUCUAUCUUCGACGCUCAAGCCCUCGUGCCGCUCCGUCGAAAUCGUACGUGGCAGUUUUCGUCUGCAUGGCAACGAAAGCGGCGCAUUUGGAACUUGUCAGCGAGUUAACUACAGCAGCGUUCAUCGGAUGUUUUCGUCGAUUUAUUGCUAGACGUGGUCGACCAAAAAAUGUGUACUGUGACAAUGCAAAAAACUUUGUUGGUGCCGACCGUGAAAUACGACGUUUAUUUCUCUCGCAGCAGCAUCGACACGCCAUCAGUAGUGAAGCUUCUGCUCAACUAAUUCAGUUUCAUUUCAUCCCUGCUCGCUCACCAAACUUUGGCGGACUUUGGGAGGCCUGUGUCAAAUCGAUGAAACAGCAUCUUCGUCGUGUUAUCGGAACUGCAUGCCUAACCCAAGAAGCAUUCGUUACCGUUUUAACACAAGUUGAGAGUUGUUUGAACUCAAGGCCUGUUACGCCAAUCUCGACGGACCCAAAUGACAUGCAAGUGUUGACACCAGGUCAUUUUUUAAUUGGGCGAGCACUCAACGCAUUGCCAGAACCCGAUUACACGCUGAUACCAGAAAACCGGUUGCGAAUGUGGGAACGCAUCCAACGUUGCACACAACAUUUCUGGCAGAGAUGGCAUCAUGAGUACCUAACAUCCCUUCAAAAGCGAUACAAGUGGUCCAAAUUCACUCGUAAUCUUGCUAUUGGCUCAAUCGUACUACUACAGGAAGAGUCUCUCCCGGUGUUGAAAUGGUCGAUCGGAAGAGUUUUAGACGUACAUCCAGACGAAAGCGGAAUAGUUCGUGUUGCAUCGGUUCGGUUGCCUUCUGGAAUUGUUACCAGGAGGUCAAUUUCGAGACUUUGUUUGCUACCCAUUGAAGUUGAUCCAGCGCAACUGCCAGACACAGCAAAGAACUCAUCACAUAAUUCCACAGAGUCGACCUGA